CACAGAGGUACCCCUGGUUGUUUUUUUUUUAAUCUCUGUGUCUGUCAUUUUGGUUUGUACCUGUGGAAGUGUCACUUUUACAACAGCUGGGACUUAUUUUUCACUUUCGGAGUAGUUUGCAUGCCUUUCUACUCCCAUGUGUCUCCUUUCCUAGACCUGCUUUGGCUGCUUGUUCUCCUCUGGUGGACUAUGCCCACCUCAGUCAGCUGAGGGGAGGGGGCUCUUCACUGCUCUGGCUCCCAUCUGAGAGGGCUUGAGCUGAAACCAAGGAGGAAACUGUUUGGGUAUUCCUAAAGAUGUCUUCAUCUGUCUCACCUGUACCCAACACUACAGUUCCUUCAAACACAACCACCGUGACCAAGUCCAAAGAACAAAUUCUCAUCCAGAGCUCCGGGGCUAUGAUUGCGAUCAUUGUCACAGGCAUCAUCAUCAUUCUUGCCAUUGUACUCAUCGUCUUGAAGACAUACAACAGGCGGACACAUGCGUCUAGAGUUCUGGGAGCCAGAGGAGGCUCCAAACCUCGCCCAAAGAUGUCACAAUCCACAGCUCAGGGCAACAUGCCUCUAAACACCAUGAGAGUCAGCUCAGUGUCGGGCAGCAUCAUCAGCCCAACCCCAGCUUCAGAGAGUGGCUUCCAGCAAAGCAGUGUGGAGGGAAAUCACAUAGAGCAAUUCAGCACCACCAGCGAUUCCUCUGUGAUCACCAUACACGAUGCUCACUCAUUCGGAAACACAUAGCACAAAAACACACAGACUGCAGUCUUUCUCAAAACAUGCACUAACUGAUGUGUUGUCUUCGUCACUGACAACACGCUGUGCUGACUGAAUCUUGUGGAAAUAUUUGACAUUCGUGUUGUCCCCUUUAAUCUCCACCAACUGAGCCACUGCUGGUGACGGCAUGUCUGUUUGGUGUACAAGAAUAUAUGUUAUGAACAAAGUGGUACAAAAAACAGACACAAUGUAUAUGAAGGAAAGUGCAUGUUGGUGGGGCUGAGACUUUCUUUUAAAGAAGUGAAUACAGUGUUCAGUGUAAACAAGUCAUUAUUCAUUUGUGCUCCUUUAAUACAAUGAAAAAAUGUGUAGUGAAGACUGUAAUGGCUGAAUAAUGUUAGUCUAAAGUAGUGGUUCUCAAACUUUCUGUUUCCCUUCAUAAUUUCCCUUUGGCCUUACCUUACAUCUCAUUAUUAAUUAAAUGUGUCAUUUUCCUGUUAUGAUGCUGUGCUGGUAUAUACCUGCCUCCAUGUUUGAGAACCACUGGUCCACAACAUGAACAUUUCUGUAUUAAAGAAAACCAUGUACUAGGUUUACAAGAUGAAGUAGAAUUAAUGUAAAAGUUAAUGAAAAAGAGUAUGAUGGAUGAGAUACUGAAGGAAAUGUUUUUUUAACAGUCAUAUUCUUUAUUACAAAAAAAUGGCUGCAUUAAUCUCUAAAAUCUCUUCCAGAAAGUCUGCUCAGAUAUCCAAAUAUAACAAUAAAUGUAUAAAUAAAUGUGUAUAUUUGCAGCUUAUGUGUCUCCAACAACUUUAUUUUGUUUGAAAAAAAAAAUACUAGUGCGAAAUCUUACAGAUAUUUUAGUGCAGAUCUGUCAGCAUAACCUGCUGCUGUAAAACCUUUUAAAUUUGAUACUUAAGUAUUUUGCACUUUAUUUUCCUGUAUUUGUAUUGUUUGUGGUUGUUUAACAAACUGAUUACGUGUAAAUGCAUUAUUUUAAAUGUGUAUAACCUGGAUGUUGACAGUACGAUAAACGGGAUGGAAAAGUU